AUGCAUCAACAAGCAAGGAUACCCCAGAGGAAAGCCUCAUCGCCCGCGCCAUCGCCACAGCUUCCUUCCUCUCGGGGUGCGCCCAACGCUGAUGCCGGCAUCGGCGGAGCUCGCCCUAGGGCGGGACCAACUCUCUCCAUGAACCAGCCUGCAGCAGCUCCAGCUGUUAGUGAUAGCACACCGGCCUCAGCUUUGCCCAGCGAUUCCGUAAAAAAACUGGACCAGAUUGUGCAGAAUUUCUACACCAAAGCUGCCGCAUUAAUUCUGGACUCAAGGAUGAAGUUGCGGCCCAUACUUAAUUCUAGUGGAGCUCCCAAGGUCAAUAAAUGGUACCAAAUAGAAACAGAUGAGAUCGAUGACUUUCGAGAAGAGCUCAAGACUUGGAAGACAUGCGGCAGUUUGGAAAACCUUCCGCCUCCAAUGGUCAUCGAGGUGUUUCUAGAUGCCUCCUCCUUAAAAGAAAGUCAGAGUCUAAUUACUAUUGACGAACAAGGCAAACGCUGGGAUGUCAUGGAACAGCUGCAGUCGUCCCGCUCAAGUGAAGGCACGUCGCCCAGUACUUUCGGCCGCAACACAGAAGUCGUCUUGGAACGUUGGACGGUGGAGCUGAUGCCCAAUACCUCCAUGCCAACAGAAGACUUUGGUCCCAUCCUCCCAACCAUUUACAAAAAAGCCAUCGUCUUCUUCAGAUCCCUCUUCAUUACCACGAGGCUCUUGCCAGCCUGGAAAUUCACAAGUCAUGGGCGAACAAAGGGCUGCGUUGCGGCUCUCUCCCCUCGUUGCAGGAUACUUAUGCAGCGUCCGCACAGAACAUCGCCAGACCUUCUGAGGAGCCCCAUUGACGGCAAGUCCGAUCCCAUUACGGAAUACAUGUUUGGAGACUUGGAUGUUCCCGUUGGCCGCCUGAGCACGUCAGUUACGUACAGAAACGAUUGCAACUUCAAAAUCGAUGAUGCGGAGUCGCUUUUGAGCUCUAGGUUCAUGGGUAUUGACGAGAACUACUUCAAGCCCUCCAUACCCACGAGAACUGGUUCUCCCAGAGCUACACAACCCGAAGUUGGCUCACUACGAGACCAUCGAAGACGACCUGGCAUCGGUGAUGUUCAACAAACCUACGGCAGUCUAUCAACGUUUCAUGGCGACGGGCCCUUGGGAACCAGUCCCAUCACUGCGCUGAGAUCUGUCAAGCAUCCCGGCUCUGACACAAGCUCCCCGCCAGCCUCGUUGCCGAGGCAAUCAGACUUCGAUGCUCCUCACUCAUUACCCAUUGGCACAAAAGGACAAUCAAGUCGUCAUGCAACCCGACCUGAUGGAUCUUCUAGAAGACCAUCCAUCUCUUUCCAACCAUUCAAGGCGGGCUCUCUCUCGGGCUCUCCCGUACCUCGAUCUCUCGAACCGGAAUCUCCAGCAUCAUUGCAAAGCCGAACCUCAGCUUUCCCACCGAUGCAGCCUAGGCAACGAACAUCACUUACCGCUGGCAUGCCCGCGUCCUUGCGAGGCGGACCUCCGCAACCAACCGAUAUUCCCGUCGUUGGCUCGCCGCGCCCUUCCUCUUCCAGCCGCUAUAGCAGUAGUUUUACCCACCGUCGCAAUCGUCCGUCCAUUAGUGGGCCGAGUAGAGGAGGACCCGAUGAUGAGCAAGGUAGCAGUGGGCGACAGAGCCUGGCCUCCUCGGUGGUUCAACCUGGAUCUGGACUAUUAGCUGAGCCUGAAAACACUAGCUCCGGGUCGCUGCCUGCCGAAGAAGACGACAUCUCCGACUUCUUAAAGAUUCUGGAUAGCAAAAAGACACUCAAGAGUUUCGAGCCAACCAAGCGAGAGUCGGCAACGAAUAAGACCGUUGCGCAGUUGUCCAGGUUUCACCUCAUGAAGGAGUCAAACAACGCCCUGGGAGAUUCCAUGACGUCGUCUAUGCAGCUGCAGCGCUCGUCAAGUAGCUCCAGCCGGCAACUAACGAGUGUACCCGGAAUGGUAGCGCCGGCAUCAAUGUCGCCGUCUUCAUCGUCACCUGGCAAGCCCAUUUCACCACAUACCCCCCAUACGCCCGCUAUUCCAUCUCGCCUCAGCGAAAACUCGAUAGUCGAUCACUCAGACGAGCGUUCUAGAGCAGUUUCUCGAGGAGCACGCCCCGAAGGCCCCUCGAUCCCGGAAACAAGUCGCGAAAGCACCAUUACCCAGGAAGGCACUACUGCUAUCGAUAUACCAUUGUCGCCCCGCCUUGGCUCACAUCAGAGACGAUCAAGUUCGGUUGCACAACAGACCAGGGCGACUGCUGACGACGAAGAAACGGACUUGGCUUUUGCCAAUCGAAGCAUCAGUCUGGGAGCAGAGGAUAGGGAGCCUCCGACUCUCAGCACGCUUCGUCGCCAGUUGCAGCUGCAAGACGAGUCUACCGCCCGUGAAAGCCCGCCCAGCAGCCUGCGACCCGCCCCUGAGAUUCGGUCUGCGAGUGUCUCGGUGGCGAUGCUCCGCGGUUCUACAGAAGAAACACCCCCAGACGGUUUGAUUUCUGUCUCGCAGACCUCGUCGCCGUUUCAACGAAAGCGAUAUACUGGAAUGAGCGCCGGGCGUGGCCAGACACCGCCACCACAGCUCACGCAGUCUGGUAGAGGCAGCUACACGGGUGCUUGCAGCAGCCGCCUCAUCCGUGGAGAUGAUGAGUCGGUCGGCGACGAACCACUCAUGUUUACGCUCUCAGAGAUGGAUGCCCAGGGUCGUCGCAGCAUAGAAGAAGGGCGCGGCAGUGUAAAUACAGGAAGCAAUACCGGCUCAGAGAGAGCCGUAUUUGAGCCUCGCGGCACAACCAGAAGGGGCUGGUAA